AUGCGUGGAUUUAUGGUUCUUUGCUUCAUUGCUGUUGCAUCAGCAGCUCAACUUCCAGGAUACAAUUACCAAGGACCCUCUGGCGCUGCAUCAACCAAUUUUGGUAGUGUUGGUGGCGGUUUCGGUGGUGGUUUUGGUGGCGGCCAUGGUGGUGGUUUCGGUGGUGGUCAUGGUGGUGGUUUUGGUGGUGGCCAUGGAGGAAGUGGUGGUGGUGGUGGUGGAGCUUUCGGUGGAUUCGGUGGCAGUGCUGCUCCAGCUGUAUGGAAUAAGCAAUACUUUAUUCACUCAGCACCAGAAGAUGCGCUCUCUGAUGGCGCUGGCGCAGAUGGAAGUCGCGCAGCUUUAAACAAAAAUUUACGCGUUGUAUUUAUUAAAGCACCAGAAAACAAAGGAUUAGAAAAUGCUGCCUUACAAUUAGCUAAAUCAGCUAGUGAAGAUAAGACUGCUAUCUAUGUAUUGAACAAACAAACUGAUUUGGCUGAACUUCAAAAUAAAUUAUCACAAAUUAGCGACCAUAAUGCUAAUAAACCAGAAGUACACUUCGUUAAAUAUAACACACCAGAAGAAGCUGAACAUGCACAACACACAAUUCAAUCCCAAUAUGAUAGUUUACAAGGACCAACUUCUGUAUCAAAUGAAGGUGUUGCCCCUGUACAAAAUUUUAUUGGAUCAACUGGUGGUUCACGUGGUGGUGCUGGCGGUUUUGGUGGAUUCGGCGGUGGUAAUGGUGGAUUUGGUGGAGGUCAUGGUGGUUUCGGUGGUGGUCAUGGUGGUUUUGGCGGUAGCAGCGGUGGUUUUGGCGGUUUCGGUAGCUCAUCAAAUGUCCGUGGUUCAUUUGCAUCACCCAGUGCCAAUUAUUUACCUCCCAAUCAAAAUUAUUUACCACCCUCUAUCCGUGUCUAA